CUCUUGCUUUACUAGCAUCCGUUUCCGGCAUGAGAUUGGUGAUACGAUUAAGAAAUUAAAUGAGAGAUUGGAGGAGAUAUCUAGAGAUAUGUCACGCCUUAACCUAAUGAUAAGUGAACCAGAUCCUCGAGUCACAACGGUGGACACUCGGCAGACCUCACCUAUCAUAGAUAGGUCUGAUAUCGUGGGGAGGGGCAUUGAACGUGCUACAGACGAACUGGUAGAGAGUAUAGUUAAGGAAGAUGAAAGAAAACUCCAAGUCUUUGCUAUUGACGGAAUGGGCGGAAUAGGAAAGACUACCCUGGCUAAAAAUAUCUUCAAUCACCCAAGGGUAAAGUCUGAGUUCCCAACAAAGAUAUGGGUCUGCAUAUCACAAAAUUUCUCAGAGACCUCUUUGCUCAAGGAGAUAAUAAAAGAAGCAGGAGGAGAUCCCUGUAAUUUGCAAACUAAAGCAGGCCUCGAACCUCUACUGAAGGACGCAGUUUCAGGAAAGACUUUCAUUUUGGUGCUAGAUGAUGUGUGGCGAGCAGAUGUCUGGGGUGACUUACUACGUAGUCCACUACAGAGCGGAGCUGUUGGCAGCCGAGUCCUAGUCACAACUAGAGAUGCGAAUGUUGCUAGGCAGAUGGGGGCGGUGCACAUCCAUCCCGUGGAACAAUUGCUGCCAGAAUCUGGCUGGGAACUGCUCUGCAAGAGUUUAUAUGUCACCGGAGAGGAGGAGGAAAUGCAGAGUCUGAGAGGUGUAGGGGCUCAAAUUGUUGGAAAAUGCGAUGGUCUUCCUCUUGCAAUUAAGAGCAUUGCCGGUGUUUUGGCAACAAAAGGGAGAAAUCCGGGUGAAUGGGAAAAAGUUCUGAGAAAGGAUGCAUGGUCUAUGGGCAAGCUACCUGAAGAUUUGAGGGGGGCCUUGUACUUGAGUUAUGAAGAUCUACCAUCUAACCUGAAGCAAUGUUUUCUUUAUUGCUCUUUAUUACCUGAGGAUUAUGUAUUUGCUCGUGCUGAGCUCGUGAGGUACUGGGCAGCUGAAGGAAUUGCAGAAACGCAAGAGGAUUCUUUCUUAGAACCAGCGGAGGAGUGUUUGGAAGAGCUAGUUAGAAGGCAUCUUAUCUAUUAUGAAGAAGGGGGUUAUUAUAAAGAAGGGGGUUAUUAUAAAAUGCACGAUCUCUUGCGAUCACUUGCUCAGUUUCUGUCGCGGGAUGAAAGUUUUUGUGGAGAAGCACAUGAAUUAACUACAGUGUCAGCCACGACGAAACUUCGACGUCUGACACUUACCGGCGAAGGAGGAGGACCAGCACUCACCCGUCAACCUUUACUUUCGCAGAGGAGCUUGAGAACCUUGUUAAUAAGAAGAUGCUCUUAUAGUCUUGGGAGCUCCGUGUUUGUUGGAUUUCCACUUCUCCGGGUCCUGUCACUGGCGGAUUCAUGGAUUGAGAAUAUUCCAGAUGCUGUGGAAAAUCUAAUACACCUGAGGCUGUUGGAUCUUAGCGCCACAAGAAUAUACAGCUUGCCGGAGUCAAUCAGGAACCUUACAAAUCUCCAGGUUCUAAAUCUCGGGUAUUGUGACUCACUCCGCAGUCUUCCCAAAGGCAUUACUCAACUGUGCAAUUUAAGAAUUAUUGAAGCGUUGGGGGCUAUUAACCUGUCCUUUGUACCAUCUGGGAUGGGAACAUUAGAGCGGUUAAAUCACUUCAACGGCUUUGUUGUGGGAGGGGAGCAAGGCUGCAGCUUGGAAGAUUUGAGCCCUUUGGGACAGCUGAGGGUGCUGGAAAUACGUAACUUAAAGGAGGCGGUGGUACCACAGACGGGACGACACGUGCUUCGGAAUAAACUUCAUCUCAAGAAAUUAAGAUUGUUCUGCCCUAAAAACCCGUGGGAAGAUCCACCAGAGUACAGCGAAGGAGAGAUCAGCAGAAUUCAGGAUGUGUUUGAGGAGCUGGCCCCACCGCCAUGCCUGGAAAAAAUAAGAAUCAACGAUUACUUUGGUCUUCAGUUUCCAAGUUGGAUGAUGUCACCAUCGCUGGGAUCUCUUCUUCCCCAUCUCACAAGUUUGUCCCUUAGAAGAUGCAGGAACGUCGUGCAGCUUCCUCCUCUCGGUCUGUUGCCUGAAUUGAGAGAUCUUACUAUUGGGAAUGCCAAAGCGGUUGUAUCCUUUGGCUCGGAGGCUUAUGGGAGCGGCUCUACACAGGCGCUCUUUCCAAAGCUUGUGUCUAUUGAUCUCCGUGUAAUGCCAAAUUUGCAAGAGUGGUCAUUUUGUAGAGAUGAGGAGAUUACCGUGUUCCCAAAUCUACUGGUGCUGAGCGUUAAGGGCUGCCCGAGAUUGAAAUCACUCCCUGGGUGCCUGAAGGGAUCUCCCUUGAAGGAGUUACGCAUCUCCCAAUGUCAAGGUCUGGAAAGGAUCUCUCAUCUUCCUGCACUAAGAGAGUUGAGCAUCAACGGGAAAUACCCUCAAUUGAAACAUGUGGAGAAACUGGAUUCGUUGAAGACGCUAACUAUAGAUCCACGGGGGAUGGAUUUUCUAGCGGAGGGACUGCUGAGGCUGCUGCAAGACCGACAGCAUCCUGAUGAUUUCAAACUUGCAUUGCAUUCUCUAAGCGAUGUUCUUUUCAGUAAGUGCGUUAAGGGAGGCGAAUACUGGCCGGUCAUCCAAAACUUACCCAGAGUCGAAGCCAAUUGUGGAAAUCUAAAUCUAAGAUACACCAAGGAACCCUAUCACUACGAGGUGAUGGGAGAACACUAAGGUGUCCUUGGUGUGAUGGCUACUAUUCAAUCCUUAUCGAUUAUGCUUUUCCUUUGGGAGGAUUGUUUGACGCACUUCUGAAUCUCUUUACAACAUAGAGAACGGCAUUUUUAAGUGUUCGGGGCUGAAGCUGAGGUUUCAAAAUGUUGAGAAAUAUAUAUGUCAAAAACAAGCUGCGGAUUCAUCAAUGACUAGUGAUCUCAUCUACUCAUUUGCUGAUAGUUAAAUUAUAGGCAAAUGCCAUCUCAAAUGAAUUUCAAAACGAUUGUGAAAUUAUGUUAGAAAGCAGUUCUAUGUUCAUCUCUCUAGGGUACAUAGCAACAUGUUGAUUGUUGACUCUCAAAUUGUCGUCUUAGAAUGCAGAUUAUGUUAAACCCUAAAAGUGCUCUCUUUCUUGGUGUUUAUUUCUUAGUAAACUCUUUUACCAGUGUUAUUUGGAUCAUCCAAAGGAUGUUGUAUGUUCCUGGAAUAAGUUGGGUAAUACAAAUGUCUGGCUUAGCCUUUUCCUUUGAGAUUAUGUCUUGACUAGGCAUUUGCGAGGAGGAGGAUUUUCUGUAGCUACUUUUAUUCUCUUGAUGAUUGAUGUCUUGACUGUAGCUACUUUUAUUCUCUUAAUGAUUUGUAGAAGAGAUGAUGUCUUGACUAAUACUGUAUAGCUAUGUUUUAUCAAUUCUUAUAGUGAAUGUGAUGCACGGACUAUUUACAUUAAGUAUUUUCUAAUUUGGUAUAUUAUAUAUCAGAAAAUGACUUUUCGCUUUGACAUCAUAGACAAUUGUUUCUUUUGACAAAAUGUAAAUAAACUUGAUGCAUAUAGAAGAGCUGCGUAGUUGGUAUGAAUCAACUACAAGUUCCCAGGAUUUAAUGGUGUAAGGGCCAGCAUGGGGCGCACCAUUUCCUGAAAGUCUCAAAGCCUGACCUCUGAUUUUAUGGCCAUUAAACUCUAGAAAAAUCAAUUCACUAAUUACUUUAUUUACGUCACUUGUUAUUUCUUUUCAUAUAAGCCUGCGUAGAUGAUUGGAACUUUGAGAAACUAGUUGAAGGUUUAAAAUGAAAGUUUUAGAUCAAAGAAGAAUUGGAAUAAAUUUCAUGUAGCACUGGUGGAGUCAUCUUAUUGGGUCUGUGUAUUCAAUCUUUUUGCUUGCAUUUUUUUCCUGGCAUGUGACAGUUUAGCUUUAACAUGUUUAGUUUCAGACUAUCUACCUGUCUAUCCAAAAAAAUUCAUACAAACCCUUUGGUGAAAGCAACUGAUUCUUGAGACAUUGCACUUUGAUUACUCAUGCUCGUAUUUCUUAAAGAAACAAGAGAUCAUGCAUGACAAUUUGUUCACACCACUAUCUUGGAGAACUCUUCCAUAAACCUAGUUUGAAAAUGCUUCCAUACAUUACCCAAGGCAUCAACUCAAAGAUAGUUUAAAUGUCGGUAUAUAGCAUUUUAAGUGUAUGAUAUUUCUAAUUUGUUGUAUCCUGCAUAUCGAUCUAAAGCACUGUUAGUAUGCAGAGAUUGAGUUUAUUGCACGUGUCUAUACUUUUUACUUGCGGUUGAACUAAUUCGCUUGUUCAGCAUUCCGAGAGUUUCUUGCAGGUUGUGGAAACACCUUGACUAAUUACCUGCUGCUCUUCGAUCUUUUCCUCGUAUCCAAAAGUUAUUUAAACUAACUCUCUUACUACCUUAACGCUUAUAGAUCACUUAAAUACACUUGUCUUUUGUGGACGAUGGGAUGAUGACAAUGGAGGGUUCAACAUGCAGCGAUCAAAACUGCAACACCGAUUGCCUGAGCAAGGGGUUGGAAGGCGGAGCUUGCCAUAUCAACUUUGCUGAUAAAAAAUGCCCCUGCAUAACAUCAAAACCUGUUGAAGAUUGAUGCACUGGUUCAGCAUUCUUCUAGUGCUACUGUUUCGUUGGAUUGUGCACUUUUUCAGCUACGUUUCUCAUCAAUCAGAAAGAGGCAUCUGGUACUAUUUAUCCGUUCAAUUUAUGUGUAAGUGAAGAGGAAAUAGAUGUAGGAAGUCAUCUGUUAACGCAUCUAUAAGUUUUUUGUACUAGAAUCUUACUGUCAGUAUGACUGCCAAAGUAUGCUUUUUGAUUCGCGAUC